AUGGCGGCAAUGAAAGCGUCAACUUUUGGAGCAGCGAUGGCGGCACCGAGAAGCAGAGCCCCAACUGCAAAACCUGCAACUUCUUUACUCCGUCCGCUUCUACCUGUACGGCCUCUUUCACCUUUCUUUUUCUCUGAAACUGCAACCAAAGGAAAAGCGAUAGGGUUUCUUCAGACUCCAUUCAGACAAGUCGAUAAGUGUUGUCGGAAUCUUUAUUCACGUAUUUAUAGCUUCAAGCUUUGUGAUUUGCCGUUCGGGUUACAGAUUCGUGUUGGCAAUUCAGUUUGUGAAUCUUCUGCCCCUAAAGAGAAGAAUAUCAGAUCAGCAAUGGAGACAGAUCUAAAUGAUUAUACCGUCAUUAAGGAAGGAGAAGCUGAGAUUCUAAUGCACAAGAAGAACCAAGUCUUCUUCAACAAAGCCCAGGUCAACAACAGGGACAUGUCCAUUGCCGUCCUAAGGGCAUUCAUAUCCAAAUGCAAGCAAGAGCAUGAGGCGAUGUUGUCUAAAAGAGCUAGAUCAUCUGGGAAAGUAGUUGAAAAGAAGGCCUCUGAAAUUCCCAAGGAAGAAACUCCCACCGAAGACGGUGAGGAUAAUGGUAAAUCCAACGGAGAAGAUGGAGUACCAGCUCAGGAUGGACCAAAGGAAGCUGCCAAGACCGUAUAUGAACCUCCACGAAGAGAACUCAAGCCACCAAGAGUUCUUGAGGCCCUGUCUGCUUCCGGGUUACGGGCGUUGAGAUAUGCUCGUGAAGUUGAAGGAAUUGGUCAAGUUGUGGCUUUAGAUAAUGACCCAGCAUCGGUUGAAGCCUGCCAGAGAAACAUAAAGUUCAAUGGCUUGAUGUCUAGUUCAAAGGUGGAGUCCCAUCUUACUGAUGCUCGUGUCCAUAUGCUCAGUCACCCAAAAGAAUUCGAUGUGGUUGAUCUUGAUCCAUAUGGUGCGCCGUCUAUUUUCCUUGAUUCAGCUGUUCAAUCAGUUGCCGACGGUGGGUUGCUGAUGUGUACAGCAACUGACAUGGCAGUGUUAUGUGGGGCUAACGGCGAGGUUUGCUAUUCCAAAUAUGGUUCAUAUCCACUGAAAGGCAAAUACUGUCAUGAGAUGGCUUUGCGCAUCCUUCUCGCCAGCAUCGAGAGCCAUGCAAAUCGCUACAAGCGGUAUAUUGUUCCUGUUCUUUCAGUCCAGAUGGAUUUCUACGUCCGUGUUUUUGUCCGCGUUUACACUUCGGCGAGUGCAAUGAAGAACACUCCACUAAAGCUGUCAUAUGUCUAUCAAUGCAUUGGUUGUGAUUCCUUUCAUCUUCAGUCUGUUGGAAGAUCUCUCACUAAGAAUAACAGUGUGAGGUAUCAAGCAGGUGUUGGUCCUGUUGUUCCUCAGGAUUGCACUCACUGUGGAAAGAAAUAUAACAUGGGUGGACCGAUUUGGUCCGCUCCAAUGCACGAUCAAGAAUGGGUGACUUCGAUACUAAAUGGUGUUAAAUCCAUGAGAGACAGAUAUCCUGCUUACGAAAAAAUCUGUGCUGUUCUUACCACCAUCUCAGAGGCAAAAACUCUCCUUCAAACUUUGAAAGAACUGCCAGAUGUUCCGCUCUUUGUGAGCCUUCAUAGUCUCUCUGCAACGCUAAAAUGUACUUCACCGUCAGCUGCUUUGUUCCGAUCAGCAGUAAUCAACGCAAAGUACCGUGUCUCGGGGUCCCAUGUGAAUCCGCUCGGGAUUAAGACUGAUGCUCCUAUGGAGAUUAUCUGGGACAUCAUGCGUUGCUGGGUGAAAAAUCAUCCCGUGAAAGCUCAAUCACCUGAACAUCCCGGAAGUGUGAUUCUGUCUAAAGAACCAUCUCAUCAGGCUGACUUUGCGCGCCACGUUGGUUCACUUAGCAAAGCACAGGUGAAGAAAAUAGCCCGGUUUCUGCCAAACCCGGAGAAGCAUUGGGGUCCAAAGAUAAGGGCUGGUCGUCAAAUCACAAGCAAACACGUCUCGCUUAUUGGUCAUGAUGCAGUUAACGGUCAUCUCAGUUGCCAAAAGGAAGCAGCAGCAGAAGAAGAAGAACAGCAAGAAGAUAUCAUUGAGGGUGAGCCAGACCUGAAACGCCAGAAGAAAACAGAGAAUAUUGCCUCAACAUCAUAGAGGGCUAAUGUUUGUUUACACAAGAAUUUUGGAUUUUUGUUUGCCAAAGAUUUGUGCCCUUUUUAUUGACAUUACGUCAUCAAAGUUCUGCGUUUUUGAUCCAAACACAGAAAACUUUUUAGUUUCUACUCUCUUUGUAUUGGCACUCUUUAUUAGUUUUAUACUAUUUUUUAAGUAUCAAAUCAGCGGCAAACAGAAAAUCUCGUAA